AAAAAAAAAUGAAUCUCUGUAGCGCGGUAAAUAAAUCUCUGGUUGGCGGUAAAGUAAGUUAUAGUGGGCGGGAAGAAGUUCCUGUUGUGAAGGCCGUUACCAGAAGACACCAGUGCCAUCAAACACUGUAGACUACGAUGAUCGUUAGUAACAAGAAGCUGAGUAGUGUGAUGUAUUAGGAGUAUUUUCGAAUCUAGAGAUUUCUUCAAAAAAAAUAAAAUGGAGCUAACUAAGACGUUUCCUGAUCAAGACAAGUUGACUGCAGAACAGUGUGCAAAUAUUUAUUGUGAUCUUGUCGAUCAUCACCGUGAGCAUCUGGUGCGCCAUCUAUCAGAUGAUGUGGUAUUGGACUGGUUUGGAAGAACCAUUGCAGGAAAGGAAAUGCUGCUGAAUUUCUUUCAACAAGAGACUCAUAUGGAACACAAACUGGUAUCAGUUGAACCAGCAGGUUAUGUUAAAAUUCAGAGAAGGCCAGCAAUUCGAAAGCUGAGAAAACAAUGUGUACCCGAUCUUAAAGAAACAAUAUUCACAGAUGAAUGCUCUAAAGUAGAAGAUAAGUUUCCAGAAAGUGAGCCUAAGCUUCCGUUUUACCAUACAGGUAAGAAAUUCCCCAGGAUACCUGUACAGGUAUGCAAAGAAACAUACAGAUCUGCUUUGCCUCUUAGUAGGUAUGAAAGAGGACAAGGAGAUGAAGAGAACUAUUUUCUUGAAGCUAGUGGUACAAUAGAAUUUGCUAUUACAAAACAGUCACCUACAUCACCAAAAAAUCUUAAGCUAAUUGCUGACUCGUCCAAGUGGGAGCGGAACUUUAAAUUGCAUCUUUCUUGCAUACUCCCAAAAAACGAAGGUCUUGAUCCUGUCAGAAACUUGGAAAUUUUUCAAAUAAUUUAUAGCAGCACAAGUCGUUGCAGGAAGAAUCUCUUUCAGGCAUUUAGCCAAGCAUAAAAAUGCAUGGGACAGAAAGAUUUCAGUACUGUGAUAACUUUGUAAAAUAGACUCCAUAAUUUGCUGGUUGUCCAUUAUGUAGCUGUUUGAACCAUGAUGCUGUAUAUUAUUUGUUCUGUUUUCAAUGUGGGGAAAUACUGAGAGAAUCCUUUUUAGUUAUUGGAGGAAGAAAGAUACUCCGUAUUGGUACUGAUAUGUUCUACACUAAUUUCACACCCUUUUGUAUUUAUGUACAGUUGAAGGUGCAGUUUAAUGGCUCUUUCAUAUGUGUGGUUACCAUUUACUUGGUAUGAGAAUUUAAUUGCUACAGUACAUGUAGUAGUAAAUGUAACUUCAAAAAAAUGUGGUGCUACUGUAAGGAAAAAAAAUUGCUCAUCACCAGAGAUUGAAGAUGUUUCAGUUCACAUAAUGUACUUUUGACAGUUUGUUCAGUGGAAAAGCAAGUAUUAAUUCAAAAGGUGGAAUGAACUAGUGUUUUUCAGUUCAUCUCUUGCAAUCAUGUGUCACUUCUGUUUUCCAUGAUUACAUGAUAGACAUUUGACAUUACUUCUGUGAUUAUGUAUUAUAUAUAUAUUUUUUUUACUCUGUUAGCAGAAUAUAUAUUCUUUUUUAUGUGAGCAGUGGUAUUGCAUUAGUAUUUGUUAGACGUGUAAGUACUGAAGGUUUAAAGUACAAAUAAUUUUUAGAUAAUUUAUACAUAUAUGUAUUAUUUCUUUUCAAGUGACAGAAGCAUUGUAGUUUGGCUUAUGAAGUCACAUGUCUUAUUUUUUGACAUAACGGCAGUAUAAGUACUUUUAAGUUAAUUUUUGUUCCUGUAAAUUUAAGCCAUGUUACUUUCUGUUCUUUUAUAUGUAAGCCAUUUAAAAAUUUUAUGCAAAUGGAAUCUCAUGUUAAUUAAAAGCAAUAUUUACAAAACAAGAAGUUCAAUCCACCCAGUGCCUGUAUUGUGUAAGUGGAUGCUCAGGGAGGGAGAAAAAAGGUUCUUCACCCAAUGCUUGAGAUAUAACACCUGACUGUCUCUUUAAUAUUCUCAAGUAAUUGAGAGGGGUAUAAGGCAAGGACAACAAAUUAAAUGUGAUAUCACUGAUAAUACGAAAAACCUACUUGAAGGUUACACAGGAGUAACUAUUCAAGUCCAGUUUACAAGAUCCUGAGAAAAUUUAAACUUUAUAAUAAGAAAUUUAUAAUCCCGAAAGUUGUUUACUUUGUGUGUUGUCAUGGUGUAAUAGCCGCUUACAAUAAACAGUACACAGUAAUACAUAGAAUUUGUAAAAUAAAAAUGAGCUAGCUCCAGUCAUAAACAAAUUUAAAAGCCUAGAAAUCACUUUUUCUGAACAUUACCACCACUAUAUCACUUUUAUACUGGAUACGCAGGAUAUAUUCAAUAAAGCAAUCUUAUCUUGACAUGAUGGUAGGUCUACUUCCAAUAAUACUGUAUGACAGUGAAAAAGAACUAGAACAAUAAUGCAAUACACAGAUUUAAUUUUGCAUUGUAAAGUCCUUAAAUCUCUGAAAUUAAUUUGAAGGCCUAGAAACCAUAGUUAGGGUUUUGUUAUAAUGAGCCGGUUUUUUUUCUGAAUUAUUCAAUUUUGUAUGGCACAUAAGUUGCUGUUUAAUGGUGUACAACAGUAGUAUUAAUUAAUACUGUAAAUAGGCCAAAAAGUCUAGUUGAGUGUUACAGUGUCUGUAAACUUAUGAAACAUCAGUCAUCAUCAUUGUGCUUUCACUGACAUAAAACGAAAUAUUGUUAAGCUUCUCAAACAUAAAAUGCUUCAAAAUUUGCAAGUCAUCGUAUUUGCUUUAGGAAUGCCCAAGAAGCUGUAGGUCAUAUUUUGCAGCUAGGAACGUACUUCGAUUCUUGCAGUUCAGGACCAUCAGUGAUCUUUUAGGUUUCACAUGGACCAAAGUAUGACUCUCCAUUACGAGAAACUUUGGGGUAGUUCUCUCACUAACAGGACAUUUCUAUUUUUAAUUUUCACUCACAAACUGUCCCCAUUGCAGAAAAAUUCUUUCUUGCAUGGUUCUGGAAGUCUCCUUGCAUUUCACAUAUUGUCUUUGUAUUUACUAGGCUCAUCCUUUUGACACAUUCAAGAUAAGAAUGACUCUUCACUGGAAAAAGUUUACAAGAAUAUGGUCAAAUCUUUCUUUAGCCUCCAACAAAGACAUGAAACAAACUGAAGUUCUAGUUCUGUCUUUAGCAAUAAUUGCAGAAUAUACUGAUAUCUCAUACAUUGCUGGAUAUGACUUUAGUAGGUUAAUGCCAUAGCAUAGAAUAAACUUGAUCUGGACCUUUCUUUGAAAUGGUUUGAUUAUAGGUAUCCUCUGUAGCAAGGCAAUGUAUAUUAAAUGAGUAAAAUAACAGCUGCCAUUGAUAUUAAACCUUAUUUGUUGAGAUAUUGGGGAAUUUUCUGAUAAUUGCUCAUAAUUGCAACUGUGUUUUUAAUUUCUCUACACUUCAGUGUGCUUGAUUUAUAUGCCACAGGACAAUGGGAAUUUUUUUUUGUUAACUUUGGGUGUUUUCAUACUUCAGUUUUCAAUUAAUGUUUUGUAAUUUUUACUGGUAUGAACUGAUAUUUGAACCAAAAAAAUUUAUUGUAGCUGGCUGCUACAGAAAUGAAACACAAAUGAGAGAAUAACACCAAAAUAAAACAAGUUGCAAAGAAAAUGUGCAAUUUACAACAACAGUGUGCACGCAAGUGUCUGCCAACAGCAAGAUGACACUUUCAGGAUCACUCCGCUUAGAAAUAUUUCACAUGCAAAAGACCACCAAUGCCUUAUUCAAAAUUUAACUGGCAUGUGUGUGUUAGAUAUAUCUUAAAGGGUAGCACAGACUAAAAGAUAUUCCAAUGUUUUACACGAAAGCUUGCCGUCUUUUGUAGCAAUACUGUGUGUAUAUUACUUUAAACCAUGAACAUUCCUUAUUUGUGUGUUCACACUUCAUGUGUCCCAUGCUCUGUGGUGAAAUCAUGUAACGUGAGCUAUGACUGACUGAUGAAAGUGGGUUGCAAUCUUUAUUUCAGUGUUUCGGAAGCUACUGUGCUGUAUGUGGUAGAAUUCUUAUUUAUACCUUUGUAAUAUGAAAAUAUGCACUGUACAUGUUACCACCGAAGAAAGAAAAAAAAAACAACUUUUUUGCUGGAUAUUGUUUCCUAAAGUGGCAGGAAGCUUUCCUAUUUUGAGGGAAAGUAUAUUGUCACUUAACAUGGUAAGAAUGUGCUGUCACCCAGGAUAAAGUGUAUUAUUUUACAUGGGAAAAAUCUGAGAAUUUUUCCCUACCCCUUGUAAACACCCUACAAAAUUUGUUAGCCUCUCUCUUGCACUGUUCAUUUUAAACAGAUAGGCAUUUCCUCCUAGUAAUCAGAUCCUUCAGAGAAAUCUCAAUGUGACUGCUAGCUAUGUGUGAAUCAACUUCAGCAACAGUGGCUUAGGUUUUAUUGCAAAUGCUGCAGGUGUCAGUUCUUUAGUAGGUGAAAGCUAUGUUACAUUUUGUCAUAGAAAUUAAAUACUAUGUCCACAGGAUUUGGAUUGUCCAGGAAUUUAAGUACAUCUGCUGUAACUUGUUGGCCUUUGAGUGAUUUUACAUGCUUCUGAGCUUUGGCUGUUUUUUCAUCUAAAGGUUUGUGUGGUCUGUUACCGUGUUUACCCCUGGUCUCAAAGUGUGCUUUCUCUGUAGUGGCUGGGUAAUGUUUCAAAGUGAUGAGAGGUUGAUUCGUAAUGCUAUGGAUGGACAGAAGUGGUGCAUGACAAACUGGUAUUUGAAUUGUCUUUCCAUCUGUUAUUAACGAAACUUUAUAAUUGUAGAAGUCCCAAUUUUGUGUUUCAUCACAGUUCUUUCUUCAUCUCCUGUGCAGUAUCAGUGUGUAUAUGCCCUUGGACAACUGGUAAACACCCAGGAAUUUCAGAAUUCUGAGAAGCUUUUAUUGUUUUAGUUUUCAGUUAAAAUUUAAGUUAGUAACACCAAAAUUAAACUUUAGUUGCCAAGAAAAAUGUGCCGUUUACAAUAAUAAAAAAAAAGCGCACACACAACUGUCUGCUUACAGCAAAUAUAUCAAAGACUGUGCAAUACUUUGUAACAAUAAACUACGUACAAUGCAUCUUUCUUGUCAUUUCUAUGAGUGUGGUGUUACAACUGUUUACAUUCUUAACAGGCUGCAGACAAACUGUUGCGAAUGGUAAUUUGAGAAGGGUUACUUUCAAAAGUAAAUUUCCUUUUGUGCAAGAUGAAUUAUAUCAUGUGUGAUGAAUUUCUUAAAUCACAGCGCAUUAAAAACUUACUGCUGAGGACCGGGCACAUGAAAAAUUUGGGGCCCAGGAGACCAGCCUUUUAUGCCAUUCUUUAAAAUUUUACAGGUACAUGUGUGUUUGAUAUACCUGAAAGGAUAACACUCACUAGAGAGACAGUUUUUCAAAUUUAUUUUAGUUCUUUCAUAGACUACAAAUCAUGCAAUUUCACAUGUAAUUGGCUUUUCUGUGAAAGUCGAAGUGCUCCAUAGAACAUGUAUUCAGCCAGUAACUCACGAAAUGUUCGUUGCAUAACAGUGAAAUUAUAAACCUGUGCUUCUCAAAAAAAAAAUCUGUUGCUGCAAUUCAUGCUGUGCACUUAUUAUCACAUACUCAGAAAAAAACAGCAAAAUAAAUUAAAAAAUUUGGCAAACAAUAGUAGAUAUGAAAGAUUAGAUUUUCUUGUAGCUAUACUGUAUGUAUGUAUGUAUGUUAAUUUAAACCAUUAAAUUUUUAUGUUUGUGCUAUUUAACAAUGUAUUGCUACUGGCUGACUACAUCACACAUCCUAUGUCCUGAAUAUUUGCUGUUGAGUUUUACAGUUCCAAGGAAAAGUGCAUUAUCAUUUAACACAAAACUGGGGGGGGGGGGGGAGAUAAUGCUCUUCAACUGGGGUAUAGAGUACUUUUAUCAAUGUAUUUACACCCAAGAAACAGUAUUUUUAACCAGGAUUUUUCCCCCCU